AUGGCUGGCGAACAGUCGGAUUCCGCCCCUUCGGGCUCACAAGAUGAUGCGGCGUUGGUGGUCAACCUUCAGAUUGUAUCGCCGUCGGUCGGCGUCGGGACCCUUCGCUUCCCCGAUAUUCCCGCAACGGCGACGGUGCAACAGCUAAAGCAAAAGAUUCGCGGAUCUUUGACGUCGCGGCCGGCGGAUGAUCAACAACGGUUGAUUCAUCGUGGCCGGCUCCUUGCUCGUGAGAGCGAUACCCUCCAAGACAUAUUUGGUGAAGCAUUAAUACGAUCAAACGAGCUCCAAACCAUCCACCUCGUGCUGAGGGAUACGGGUGAGGGGCCUCCACCGAGCGAGUUGCCGCCGCGCCAACUCCCACACCCCAUUCGGAAUGCGCCAAAUGUUUCCGUACCGCGGCCGGGCUCGGAACCUCCCAGUACUGGCCAAGCGACUGCGCAGUUCCCACAGCUGCCCUACUUUCAGCAAAGUCAAGCUCAGCUACAAGACCUACAGCACCGCGUGACCCAUUUCCAAGACCAGCAAAGGGAAGCGCUUUAUCGUCAGCUGCUGGCCCAAAAUCAGGCCCACCGGACCGCCACGGCCGCACACCCCUUACAGAAUGGUGGAAACAGUGCCAGUGACUUCAGGGACUACAACCCUCAGACCGGCGGGGCCGACCGGGUUGAUGGUAGGAACAGCCCAGUUGGACAGGCAUUCCGGACUGUCACACGAGAAGGUACCGGGCCGGACGGGCAGCGGUAUAGUUUCAGGGUCACCGUGAACGAGUUUAUCGCCCCCGCUGGUGCCAGCUCCCGACAAGCUGCGGGACCAGGUUCAACAGCAGAGCCGCCCGGCCAACACCCACUGUCUCCAACCGAUGUUCGCAGCAUAACCCAUGGCCCAGACGCAGUACGAGCAACACAAACCAUGGCCAACGCUAUGCAGCGGAACACAUCAGGCGCUCAGCCAGCCAACAUGGCAACAGACAUUGCCCAGCUGGGUUUCAACAGCGCUGUGCAACCCAUUCAACCCGGCGUGACGACCCCGAUAUUCCCGGGAUUAUCGAGGAAUGGGAGCAGGACGGCUACUCCGGACAUCCCGGUUAGAUCCAUUAGCCGUGGAAGCGGCAUUGGCUAUGGAGGAUUACACACUGCUGCUCAGCCGCAAGCCCACGGUUACCCAGAAGUGUACAUUAUCUCUUCGCCAAUGGGCCCUCGAGGUUUACUGAUUCACAAUGGCUCUGAGUUGUAUGCCACGCCUGUUGUGCGGCCGCUCCCUUGGACACCCAACUUUUACCGACCACCCUUUCCGACUUCGCUACCAGCUGGGAGUCAGGUCCAUCAAGGCAUUGGGCACGGCACGCCCGGCGGUCUGGGCCAUGGGCAGGAUCAUGCUCAAGCUGCCAAUGCGCAACCCGAUCAACCGCCACACCCAUUACCCGACCAGCGCCCACUGCCUCAGCCACGCCACGAGGUACAACCCGGUAUUCGCCGGCGUCCCGUGGUUGGCCAAGGGCUUCAUCCGCCACCAGCACCGCCUGCAGAAGCGCAACAGGCACCCCAAGUCCAUCCACAUGGCAACCCCGGCGUGGCCCCCUUAGUUGCAGCGGCAUGGCCUCAUAUUUGGCUAGUGGUCCGUUUGGUUGCCUUCGCCUGGUGGUUCUCCUACACUAACCCUUCAUGGGAACGCUGGCUAUCUCUGGUACUGGCGUUUAUCGUGGUGCUUGGAAUCAACACUGGCCUGUUUAACGGAAUGGUUAAUAACGCAUUCCACCCGAUGCGGGAGCAAUUAGAAGGUAUGAUCCCGUUUGCGGAUCCUGAGCGCCAACAGGAACAGCAACGACAGCAGCGACAGCAGCAAAAUGUGCCUGAUGCGGCCCCCCACCAAGAUGGUGGGGAUGGAAUACAACACCCAGACCCGGCGCAAACAGCAGCGAGAUUAGUUGCUCAGCGCAGGGCUCAAAACGGGAGCUGGCUUCGAGAUCAUUAUCGGCGGAUUGAGCGGGCGAGUAUUCUAUUUCUAGCUAGCUUUGCGCCGGGCGUAGCCGAGAGACAUAUCCGUGAGUUAGAGGAGCAGGAGCGGGCUGAACGAAGGGCGGCCGAGGAGGCCAGGGCAGCAGCAGCAGCAGCAGCAGCAGCAGCAGCAGAAGCAGAAGCUGCGGCCCAGCAAGAGGCCGAGCAAGGCGGUACCGGAAACCAAGAAGAACAAGGAAAUGACCGGAAUGAGGCCCAGGAUGGGGACACCACCCCGCAACAACAUCACUCGCCUCAAGUCCAGUCUCAGCCACCCCUAGUUGAGGCUUGA